GAGAAGCAGCAGCGAGCAUGGCAGGCGCGGAGCAAGAAACGGUGAAGGUGCGCAUCUCGCAGGGCGAGCUGCUCGGCCGCCGCCGGCGCACAGUGUGGGGGUUCCCCUACUGCUCCUUCCAGGGAAUCCCCUACGCGGCUCCACCGGUCGGACCGCUGCGCUUCAAGCCACCACAACCGCCUGCUGCUUGGAGUGGAGUCCGAGAUGCGACUAAAGAGGGCAACGUCGCACCGCAGAUGGACCUCCUGGUGGGGAAGUACAUUGGCGACGAGGACUGCCUCUUCAUCAACGUCAGCACGCCCAAGCUGCCGUCAGAGGGUUCUGGCAGUCUGCUGCCGGUGAUGUUCAUGGUCCACGGUGGAGGGCUCGCCCUACUGUCGGGCAACGAGUUCUUCGCUCGUCCAGACUUCCUCAUAGAGAAGGGCGUCGUCUACGUGUCCUUCAACUACCGCCUCGGAGUGCUGGGCUUCCUGAGCACGGGGGACCGCGUGGUGCCGGGGAACAUGGGCUUCAAGGACCAGGUGAUGGCGCUGCGCUGGGUCAAGGACAACAUCGCCAGCUUCGGCGGAGACCCCGACAACGUCACCAUCUUCGGCGGCAGCGCAGGGGCGUGGUCCUGCCACGCCCUCAUCCUGUCUCCAUUGGCCAAGGGCCUGUUCCACAAAGCCAUCGGACACAGUGGUGUAGCUGUGGGGGACGGCGUGUGCUCCGAUCGCAUGCGGGCUCGCUCCUUCGCGCUGGGCGCCCACCUGGGCCUCGAAACCGACGACUCUAAGCAGCUGUUGGACUUCCUGAGGAAACAGCCUGCGCAGCUGCUGAUCGAGAACGCGAUGUUUGGUCGCACUGAGGAGGACAAGGCCCGCAGUGUGCUGUUCCCCUUUGUGGGCACUACAGUGGAGCCAGCUGACGCCGAAGGUGGGGCAUUCUUCCCGAGGGACCCCGCACAGCUGCUGCACUCUGGGGACUUCCAGCAUGUGCCCUUCAUCACGGGGGUCUGCACCUACGAGGGAUCCCUCUUUGUCGGAGGUCAGUGCCUGCAGUGGUGACUUCAUGGCAGAAUCUCACCAGUCAGGCUAUUGUCACAACCUGCUUUAGUAGACUGUCUUCACUCAUACCUUGUUGAGAACUGUCUGUCCAUUAAUGUCCAGUUCUAGUUGUGGGAGAGCACUGCUAAUUUGGCGAUUGCAUAACACAGUGAAACUAUGGCCCCUAGCCGUUUGAUCAGGAGCAAACCAUUGUAGUCUGUGAUUGCUUUUGGAAUAUACCAGUG